UUUUUCAGUGCUUGCACCUCCUCCACCGUUGCCACCACCAAUACAGGGAUAUGCCUUUAAACCCCCUCCUCGACCAGAUUUUGGCACUUCUGGGAGAACAAUCAAACUGCAGGCCAACUUCUUUGAAAUGGACAUUCCUAAAAUAGAUAUCUACCAUUACGAAUUGGAUAUAAAGCCAGAAAAAUGCCCUAGAAGAGUUAACAGAGAAAUAGUGGAGCAUAUGGUUCAGCACUUUAAAACCCAGAUUUUUGGGGAUCGCAAACCGGUGUUUGAUGGAAGAAAAAACCUUUAUACAGCUAUGCCGCUUCCCAUCGGGAGAGAUAAAGUGGAGCUGGAGGUCACGCUGCCAGGAGAAGGAAAGGACAGAAUAUUUAAGGUGGCUAUAAAGUGGAUGUCCUGUGUGAGUUUGCAGGCUUUACAUGAUGCUCUUUCUGGUCGGCUGCCAAGUGUCCCGUUUGAAACCAUCCAGGCACUGGAUGUAGUGAUGAGGCAUUUGCCUUCCAUGAGAUAUACUCCUGUGGGGCGAUCUUUUUUCACAGCAUCAGAAGGGUGCUCGAAUCCAUUGGGGGGUGGCAGAGAAGUUUGGUUUGGCUUCCAUCAAUCAGUCAGACCUUCGUUAUGGAAAAUGAUGUUAAAUAUUGAUGUAUCUGCAACGGCAUUUUACAAAGCACAGCCAGUUAUCGAGUUUGUAUGUGAAGUUUUGGACUUCAAAAGUAUUGAAGAACAACAAAAACCUCUGACAGAUUCCCAAAGGGUGAAGUUUACCAAAGAAAUAAAAGGUCUAAAGGUGGAGAUAACACACUGUGGACAAAUGAAAAGAAAGUACAGAGUGUGCAAUGUCACCAGACGACCAGCAAGUCACCAAACAUUCCCACUUCAGCAGGAGAAUGGACAAACAGUUGAAUGCACUGUAGCUCAGUAUUUUAAGGACAGGCACAAAUUAGUUUUACGCUAUCCUCACCUUCCAUGUUUACAAGUUGGACAGGAGCAGAAACACACGUACCUUCCUCUCGAGGUGUGCAACAUAGUGGCAGGACAAAGAUGCAUAAAGAAACUCACUGACAAUCAAACUUCCACUAUGAUUCGAGCGACUGCCAGAUCAGCACCUGACCGUCAAGAAGAGAUUAGCAAACUGAUGCGGAGCGCGAGUUUUAAUACUGACCCUUACGUUCGUGAAUUUGGAAUAAUGGUCAAAGAUGAAAUGACAGACGUGACCGGUAGAGUCCUGCAGCCUCCUUCCAUCCUCUACGGAGGCCGGAACAAAGCGAUUGCUACACCAGUUCAAGGAGUCUGGGACAUGAGGAAUAAACAGUUUCACACUGGAAUUGAAAUAAAGGUUUGGGCCAUUGCCUGCUUUGCUCCUCAGCGCCAGUGCACUGAAGUUCAUCUGAAGUCCUUUACAGAACAACUGAGGAAGAUUUCCAGAGACGCGGGGAUGCCCAUCCAGGGGCAGCCGUGCUUCUGUAAAUACGCGCAGGGAGCUGACAGUGUGGAGCCCAUGUUCAGACAUCUCAAGAACACCUACACUGGGCUGCAGCUUGUUGUAGUCAUUUUGCCAGGAAAAACACCAGUUUACGCGGAGGUGAAGCGCGUCGGCGACACCGUGCUGGGAAUGGCUACGCAGUGUGUGCAGAUGAAAAAUGUGCAAAGAACAACACCCCAAACUCUGUCUAACCUUUGCUUAAAAAUAAAUGUCAAAUUAGGAGGCGUAAAUAAUAUUUUGCUGCCACAGGGAAGACCACCAGUAUUUCAACAGCCCGUCAUAUUCCUUGGUGCUGAUGUAACUCAUCCGCCAGCGGGAGAUGGAAAAAAGCCUUCCAUUGCUGCAGUUGUAGGAAGCAUGGACGCUCAUCCUAACCGAUACUGUGCCACUGUUCGCGUCCAGCAGCACCGCCAAGAGAUCAUCCAGGAUCUGGCUGCCAUGGUCAGGGAGCUGCUUAUUCAGUUCUACAAAUCGACCAGAUUUAAACCAACUCGGAUAAUCUUCUACAGAGAUGGUGUUUCCGAGGGGCAGUUCCAACAGGUUCUCCAUCACGAGUUGCUGGCUAUCAGAGAAGCGUGCAUCAAGCUGGAGAAGGAUUACCAGCCUGGCAUUACCUUCAUCGUUGUGCAGAAAAGGCAUCACACCAGACUCUUCUGUACAGACAAAAACGAGCGGGUUGGGAAAAGCGGGAACAUUCCAGCUGGUACCACAGUGGACACAAAAAUCACCCACCCGUCGGAGUUUGACUUCUACCUGUGCAGUCACGCUGGGAUUCAGGGAACGAGCAGACCUUCUCAUUACCACGUCCUCUGGGAUGACAAUCGUUUCUCUUCGGAUGAGCUGCAGAUCCUUACCUACCAGCUGUGUCAUACGUACGUACGCUGUACCCGUUCCGUUUCCAUCCCUGCACCAGCAUAUUACGCCCACCUGGUUGCCUUCAGAGCCAGGUAUCAUCUGGUGGAUAAAGAACACGACAGUGCUGAAGGAAGCCACACUUCGGGUCAGAGUAAUGGCAGAGAUCAUCAAGCACUUGCUAAAGCAGUUCAAGUUCAUCAGGACACCUUGCGCACUAUGUACUUUGCUUGACAUGUUUUAAUGUUUAGCGACUCAGUACAAUCCAGAGGUGGAUUCACACGAGACCAGCUGCACUUAGACCAACAGUUGCCCGAGCUACAGUGACAGCCAGCAAUGAGUGAUGCAUCUUAAGUUUAUUUUAUUUUUUUUCCCCUCUGUUUGCAAGAAAGCCUUCCGUCCAAAAUUUCAGUCUUGAUCAUGAACUGCAUUCUUGUACCAAACCCCGCUAUUGUUGGAAAUGUGGUUUGCCAAAAAAAAUAAUCUCUAAGCUGCUUGGUAUAAAACAGACCCAUAUUUUAUAAUUCAAUCGAGAGCUGUGAUCUCAGGGCUUAGGGAAAAAAAAACCCAAACCCAACCCACAAAACUCCUCAUUCAGUUUGCUAUUCAAUGAAUCGCUUUUAAUAAUUUGGAAAGACCUAAUUCCUACUAAAUUUUGAUGGGCUACAAUGCUGUGAAUGAGCUUUUAAUACAAAGAAAAGCAAAUCUUUUUUUGACUAUUUAUGAAGCCUUGAUUAUUCUAGAUGCAUUUACAAAAUUUUUAUUUUCAAGAGAGUGACAAAAUCCUGGUUUUCAACUGUCUUAUAAAGAUUCUUCUCUGUGUGUCUAAGGGCAAAUGUAUUUUCUGAAGCUUGUUCUUGAAUGUUUUUUAUUGUGCUGCAUUUGAAAAUGUUUUUCAUAGACUAAAGAAGAAUUUUAAAAAACAGAAUGAACUUGUACCUAAGCUUUUACUAGGUCGUUAGAUUGGCAAAAGAAAAUGUGCCAUUUAAAAAAAAAGAAAAAAAAAUUGUAAAGAAUUUUUUUAAAAUCAUACUGACAGCUAACUUUAGAAUUUGUCAUACAGGACUGUGACACUUACUUUCCAAAGUCUCUAAAGAAUACGGGUCUGUGGUGAUAAAUCCAGUACAAUCCUUUUUCACUGUUGUUUGAGUUAAUGUAAAUUUUAUAUAUGUUUCACAGUAUUAAUGUGAUAGACUAGAUGCUAUUAUUUAUUUUUAUUUACUAAGGAGUGCUCAUUAUAAUUCUGUUAACAUAUCAAGAAUGCUUUGGAGUUAGAAAUGAAAACCUUAUGGUGGGGACAGUACUAUUCAAAUGCAAAAAAAUAUGCAAUUCACUUGGCUGUGAGAGUUGAGGGAUGCGUCCAGUCUGUGUCGUAGGGCUUGGAAUUGGUAGAAAGGCUCUUUAAGCCUGCACACAACGGAGCAGGUUUUACCUGUGCAGUUCAGAGACGCACACGAGACCGACAUCCUACGUUCAUUCAAGCACAAAACAAUUGUAUUUUAUUUAUAUGUUGAGUAUUGGUAAAGCAGGAGCUCCGGUAGAGGAGAGCGGCUCACUGUAAUUUAGAGGAAAGUCAGAGAAUCUAUGCAGUAAAGAUAAAUCUUAGGAAACUGAAGUUUACUUAUGAAGGGGGAGGUUGAAACUCUCUUCAUUAUGCAUAAGGUCAAUAGUAAAUGGGAGAGUUUCGCCAUUCUCUUAGGAGAAGCAUUAACUAGAACUGAUAAUUACCAGACAAACGCUUCUGUUAGUUUGCACACUGGGUUCAUUAAAAAAAAACCAACCAUAAUACAUAUAUAAACCAUUGCACUAAUCCUGAUGCCACAAGGAAGUUUAGAAGAAAAUGGAAAAAAGCCCAGGAAACUUGUUUAUGCUGACUUGAUUUUUGUUUAUUUUUCAUAACUGAAAUAACACGUUAAGAGGCAGGUUCUGUAAAAUUUCUUUCUCUUCCAUGGCUGUGUUUGGCUUUGUCUCUUCCCUUCUCUCUCAGCAGAUGCUGGGUCGCUGUUGUGAAUACAUUUACCUCUAGCCCCUGGGCUGGGCGAGUAGCUUUAACCAGGAACAGAGCUCUGUGCCAUACAGACCACGACCCGUUGCUCUCCAAUAAGCUAGAAAAUGCCCAACUUUUGCUGCAUAAAAGAGUUUUAGGUACAUGAACUUGUGCGAGUUCAGAUCUUCGCCUCGGAGCAGCGCGGUGGCUGUUGGUGGUGUUCAGGUGAAAUAACAAUGUAAAACCUAUCAGUAGAUGAAUUGGGGUGAUUUAAUUCGGUGAUUAGGGCUGCUGGGUAAGAUUGUCUUCUUGGUCGUGGUUGUGUAAAUCCAGAUGUAAAAUUUUGGUGGUUUAACAGGAAGCAAAUUUCUUUUUUUCUUAUCUUUCCGUGUCCCAGCCCGGUUGUACGUACCUCCCCUGAACUGCAGAACCCUUCCCUGGUGGGCACGUUGCCCUUCUCUCUGCAUUUGCUUGAGAGGUUGCAGAUUUCCAUGAAAAUUCUAAUUUGAUGGAGUUUUAUAUAAGAAUUAUUUUUUUAUAUGAAUUAUUCUAAAAAAAAAAGGAAAAAGAUCAAGCCGUUUAAGGCGCCGUUUAGUUGAUUUGCUGUUUGUUACGCAGAGACCUCUUGGAUGGGAAAUUCAUCCCUCCUCUUUCUGGGUGGAUCUGGAAUGAUGGACUUCCUGCAGGUGGUCAGAUGGGGCGAGGAGGGCAGAACCUCUCUUGACCUCAGAUCUUAUUUCCCAAGCAGAUGAUGGGACUUCUCUGCCUCCUCUUUGGGCUGGAAUAGUCGUUGCAGCUGAGAAAAGGAGUUUUUGUGAGAAAAGGAGUCUUAUCCAGACCCUUCAUCUGAGAGUAGCUGUUGUCUGUGUAUCCUCUUGGAACAAACAGCAAUUUGUGUAGCUUUCCCUGAGUAUGAAGAACUUGGGAUGGUUUAUGUGCAUUUCAGGCCAGGGACAUUUUUACCUUUUACAGAUCUUUUGAAGCCUCUUGAUACUGCUAAUUCUUUAUGGCUUGAUUUCUCCCUCCUUUCCCCUCCCACCUCCUGCAAGCGGUCAAUUAGUGAAUCAUUUAAAGCAUUUUUCUAUUGAAAAAAAAAAUAAUUUGAUGAAGUGUAUACUUUGAAAAGUACAACGUGCUAGAAAUCCAGCAGCUCUUCUUUCUGGGAAUAACUUUUAUAUAAAAAAUAUAUAGUAAAAAAUGUCUCUUGUCAAAAAAACCAAACCCCAACACCCACUAUGAACACCUAAAACCCUACUCUUAUUAUUAUUUUUUCUUACCUCCCACGUGUCUUGUAAGAACAGCAAUAUCUCAGGUAAACACAAAGCUCAAGAUGUCUCUGUCUCACCCACGUUCCUGCUGUUGAAGCCACAGCUGAGGUUGACAGUCAGAACCACUAAGUCACUAUGCAGCUCAGGUCAGCAAUAACCAAACGUGCGUUACCCUCCGGCAGUUGGGGUUGGCUUUUGGGGUUUUUGGGUUCAUUUUCAGCCCGUGGAAAGGAGUUGGGUGGCUCCUGCUGCACGAGAGCAGGGACCUCAGCCCUUGAGUUCCUCUUGCUCUCCAUUACCUUCCUGCCGAUGACCAAAUUUUGCUUGAAUUUGGUGGUCGGUGCAGGUGGUCCUGGUGCUCAGUGGUCUGAAAACUGAUCAUAAUUCCACCCCGGUGACAAAAAAACCCUCUUAUUCCCAUGGAAGGUGUGAGUGGUGGGAUGGACAAACUGACCACUCCCAGCACUGUUCCUUUUGCUUUAAAGGAGCGUGCUUGAGAGAUGAAGAGAUACUAAUGAGUUGGUUUUUUGUAUCAAAAUGGUAACACUAUUGAAACAAAAAUGCUCAAAGGCUGAGGCAAGUUGUAGAAUCUCUGUCCUCGGAGAAGCUCAAAGUUGGCUGGAGAAAGUCCCCUUGCUGGACCUGCAUUUGGGCUGGACCAGACAUCUCCAGAGAGUCCUUCCGAGGCACGUGGUUCUGGAGCAACCCCAAAAACCCAAGAGGAGCAAAGCACGAAAUGCUCCUGGUGGGAGGUGAAAAAUAAUAGCGACCAAGAGAAAAUACUUAAAAGUUGUCUUUUUUAAUUUUUUUAAAAUGUAGGAGAUAGCAAGUCUAAUUAUUACAUUCUUAGUUUUGGAAAUUUCCUCUCUGGUGGCUGAAUCCUAUAACAUUGUCCACUCCACCUCUUCCUCCACCCAGAAGACACAGAGUUGAGUCAAUCCCUGAGAGGAAAUGUCCUGUUGGGACCUGUUUGGAAGCGGGUGGGUUUGUCUCUGCCUUAUGUCAGGGUGGCAUUCAAGAUAGCCCUAUGCAAUCUUAACACUCUUAUAUAUGCACUGAUGGAUGGAGUGAGAUCCCUUGGUUUUGUUAGAAUUCCUUAUUUUGGCUUGGUUUGGGUUAGAGUAUUUCAGCAACCGCGUUUGGCUUGAUGUUACCAUCAACGAUCUGUGUUAGGGAAGCUUUGGUGGAUUCAUUCCCUUGUUUCUAGAUCUGUCAAGUUUUGGGAGAGUCGUCAGGGAAGGGUGGUGUGACUUAAAAUGUUGGAGCCAGCACGGAAAACUUAGGGGAAACUUUUAUGCUUAAAACAAGAAAUCCAUAAUAACUAUUUUUUUGAUCUUCACCCAGGCCUCCAGGCAACGCUCCCUGAUCGUAAAAGCCAAGAGGUUGUGAAGGUUUGGCUUUAAUUCUGACUCCAUCAAUAACUCCUCCAGCCUUUGUCCAUUUUUUAACGUGAGUUAAUGCUGUUCAGAUGUCAGUAGAUAAUUUUUAUAACUAAGACAAGAGAGACUAUUUCCACAAGAAUUUUAAAUUUAAGCUUUUGGUGAGGGUGAGGUAUUAGGUUUGUGCCAUGCCCAGGUUACUUUGUGAAAAGAUUGAAGUUUCUGAUGGAGUGAAGGUGGUUCUGAAGCUUUUGUCUAAAAUCCUACGUGUAUUUACACAAAAGCUUUCUGUUAAACAGAAGCUUGUGGCCUGGAGGGGUUUGUGCGUCGCUGCCAACGCUGUUUCCUUUCCUGCAGCAGUAAAUUCCUCAAACACGGUGGUCGUUGGUGUCUCACCUCCAGAAACCCUCUUCCUCGUGCCAAUGGAUCCCUGAAAUUUAACUGGGAGCAAGGACCAGGGGUAAGGUCUGUGUUAACAGCCCCCCCCAGCCAAAUUCAUUCGAUGGCUCUAGGCUUUUUACUCUUACAUGCAGAUUUUGAGGAAGAAAAUGGUGAUAUUUUGAGGUAGAGCAGGUUGGUUCUACAAGUCAAGAUUAUUCAAAACUUACUCAAAACUACAGGUGCUGGAAAUGCAGGAGUGGGACCUUUGGAGGUUGAGAUGGAUGCACUUGGCUCUUGACAUAACCCAGGAGCAUCUCUGAUGGCAAAAAUAACCCAUAAGGGACUUUUUCCUUUUUCUUUUUUAAGAGAACUUUUACACGUUAAAUAAACGAAUGUAAAAAAAACCUCUCAGUAUUUUUCACACUCGAUACCGGUGUAAUAAAAACACAUUUUUGUCCUGUUUUUUUAGUACCCUACUCCUACAGUAGCAUCUCUUUUUGUGGAUUUUUCCUGCCAGCGUGGCUUUCUCAAUUUCUAAUGCAGGACAGUACGUUGGUUUGAUUUUUUUUUUUAACUUUUAUAUUCCAGUUGUUAACAUGCUUCCUGAGGCAUACAUGCAGUCUUUUUCUAAGGAAAACUUCAAGUAGAAGGUAAUUGCACUGAUUGUUUUUGUGUGUGUUUUUUUUUUUUAAAAAAAAAACCCUCCCUUUUUACUGUAAAACUUCCUUUUUGCAUCUGCUGUAGCUGUUGGAAAAUACUGUAAAUAGCGCUAUGUAGAAGCAAAUACUGCAAUGCUGUGGACACCAUUCCUUGUCGUCCUUGUGUGGUUUUUUUUUUUUUUUUUGGAAUACUGCCAUAUUUUAUUUACAGUAUUGAGAUCUGAGCUUUGGUUUUUCAACGUUGUUGGACUUGCCGUUCGCGUUACGGUGUGAAUCCGAGGGCACAGUUUGCUUUAUUGCAGUGGAAAUAUUUCGGGUUCUUCUGUCUUUAUAAAAGUAUUUCUUCCUCCUCUCCUCUACGUGUGUUUCUCCCGCAGAGUAAGGACAGAAAGGCAGGUUUUAAGCUCUUAUUGUUGUCAGUGCAAGGUUCAGAUGCUGGUCUCUGAUGGCACUUUUAGAUCUCAAUAACAGCAUUAAUGUCACAUCUGGCGAUCAGCUGUAGCUGUCGGCGUUUUCCAUCCUUCUUCCAGCAUCUGACUCCUCUAGUGUCAUAUGAAGAAAAACCCAUCUUUGUGGCAGAAUUAGUGGAAUGACAGGGAUUUGGGACCCGUGUUGGGAUGUUUUGCUCUCCGUGGGCGUGGGGCUGUGGAUGUGUUUGUGCUCUGAACUAGGAAAUAGUGUUGUGUCUCCGGGUGCCCGCACGAGAAAGUCAUCGCUCUCCCAUCCAUUGUGCUUCUGUGACCCUUGGGGACAGGAGGGACCCACAGGGAUGCGAACCAGCAAGUUUUGUCUCCUGUUUCUGAGGGUUAAAGACUGGAAAGAUGCGUUUCCUCCGAGAUGGUUUUAAUCCAAAGGAUUUGGGGUGGGUUUUUCUGCGUGUGCUCGGUGUGGCGCGUAUUCAGCUCAGUUUAAUGUGCUUCACUUGCUUUUUUUCAGUGUUGUUUCUUUGCCUGAAGUGUUAAGAUGAAUGUAAUGGCUUGGCCAAAUCACUACAAAAGGUGGUUUCGUGACACCCUUUAGUGAGCAAGCAGCUGCAGUUAAAGGCUACCUCCUGUACUCCUCCACAGAUGACUUCAUUUUGAAAGGGAACCUACUACACAGCAGCCAAAAAACCCUCCCAAACGAACUCUCCUUUUACUGUUUUCUUGCUGCGGAUCUCGUGGUGUCAUACUGUGAUUUUGGAGGCUGCUCCUCCCUCCUCCUGUCUUCCUGAGGUGUCGGUGGGGCUCGUGUCCAGGCGAGGUACUCAAAAGGUGUGGGAGAUGGGGAGGAGAAGGCACAUCUGGCACCUUGGCUUCUCUGGGACCCGGCCCUUCCCUCGCUCACUUUCUAAAAUACUGUUGUUUCCAGUGAAAAAUGUUUUCAUGUUUUUUAGCCAUUGCCCAAAAAACGUCGUGCUUUCACUGCAAAUGACAUGAAGGUGCUUGAAAUAUAUUUUGAAUCUGAGGCAAAAAAAAAAAAUAAAUUACAUAUUGGAAUAUUUUUUAACGUAUUUUUGUAGAUAAGUUGACGUGAGACUGUAACAGUGAAAAUACUAUAUUCCCUGCUCAGAUCAUAAUAAACUUUAAAAUGGAAAAAAAAAAAACAACAAACCAAAAGACCAAAAAAACCAACCCCAACGUUGAGCAUGUUUAUAUUGUGAAUAUUUAGUGUCAGUUUUAUGUGCGAAGCCUUGGCUGUAGCUCACCCUUGAACUAAAGGUGCUUUAAAUGACCUGAACUGAAACUGUAGAAAACUGUGUUCCAUACAUCCCCUUUUGUUUACAAUGAACCCAAACAAGCUUCCUCCUUUCAGAAUGAACCACUCUGCUGACAGAAAUACUACCUGGUGAAGCCCAACGCGCAGUGUGUGGUUUCAUAGCAGUGUUAGAGAUUAGUGUUUUUUUGUCUUUAAUUUUAUUUUAUUUAAAAUAAGUGGGCUUUAUGCUAUGGACGUUGGCAUCUCAGAAGCAAGUGUUGCUGGAAUUAUAUGCUACCUGCAAUUUAUCUUAAUCAAACUGUCUUAAUCUUUGGGUGUAGACACUAAUGAAGUUUAUUGAUGACAGGGGGGGUUGCUGAAGGUCUGAGGUUUCUGGAAGCCAGUUUUUGUUGAGCAAUGGGGAGUGAGCAAAUAAAUCCACUCACUAGCAACCGAAUGGGGCAAAAUCUUGAAGAUUUUGUUCAGUUCUCAGUUAGAAUUUUACAAAGCUCCCCCUAAAAGCCUGAAGUGCAGGGUUUUUCAGAAGACGUUUCACUACAUCUUGUGUUGUGGAUCCGUAGACACUAUUGAGGUCGCUGUGGCCUGGAAGGGGUUUCCCUGUGCUCAAUGUGCUUCUCCAUGAGCAUAUCCUCAUUUUCCUGCCAAAUUGCUAAUUAAGCACUGGUUUCAUCCUCCCUUAUCAGGGUUGGAGUGAGGGCAAGGGUGGUUGCUGAGUUUGGAGGUGGGAGAGGUUGGAGAGGGUGAGUCUGGGGAGCGUUGGCAGCGCUGAGAAAUGGGAGCCACGGCACCAGAUGAAGGGUGAGGACUCCCUUCCUCCCAUUAAAGAGCCUCAAAGGACUCAUUCCUUUCAAUCUGUCCUUGGAGUGGACGGAUGCAGCUUAAAACUACCUGUGGCUGCUCUUCAACCAACCCACCCACCCAUGUUGUCCUACAAAACCUAGUACUUGUGUUACCCAUCAGUAUUAAAGGGCACAUUCAUUUCUAUAGGGCUCUUAGCAGCACACACAGAUUUUAGUUCACUUGUUUCCCCCACUGUCUGGAUGUUUUACUCAUCUGCUUGAGUUUUGCUAUUUUUUUUUUCUCCCUUCUAUAAGCACAGCUAAAAUACCUGCUGGAAUAACGACUGUCUAAUCAGCAGCAGGGAUUACAGGUAGUGACUAACCUGGGAUUUAGCCUAGGAAUUGUCCCUGAAAUAGAAAUUUAAACUUUUCCAGCCAUUUUCUAGGGUUUUUGGUGGGUUUUUUUUGAGCGUGCUUGGCAAGCAGGAAUUGUGGAAAGGUCAGCAAACAAGCUUGGGAAUUUCUAAUCCCCUGGCUGGUGCUCUUUGUAUUUGCUUUGUUAGGUUAGAUUUCCUGUCGGGGAAAAAAAAAAAUAAAUACCCUUAAUGUGGACUCUGUGCUGUAUUUAUCAGCUUUUCCUAUUCUUAAAUCCACGACCAGAGGAAGCUUCUCUCGUGCCAGUACCUGGAAUAUUGCACAUUUUUGCUUGCUUUGCUUGAUUCAGAAUCUGUGUUUUAGGGGCACCCCAAAAUCUCAGCGCCGUGGGCGUGUGCCGGGGGUAGGAUCCGAUCUGUCGUGUGUCACCGUCGUGUUACAAAGAAGUUUUUCCAGUUUUCACCAAAGUUAAUUCUGCAUCAACUGUGCGAUGCUCAGAUCCCGCUGUUUCUGUGCUGGGGGGGAAAAAAAGGUAUUAUCAACUAAAUCUGUUGUUCCUGAUAACUUUUUUUCUCAUUGGACUUAACAAGACUGAGCCCUUAAAUUGCUCCUCUCAUUUACGAGUCACAACUUGGUGAUUUUAUUAGAAAGUAAAUAACCCCUCUCUAAUUGCCUGACCCACUCGAAUCUUUAAUUGAUCUUCAGUUGCCCGGCACUGGGGAAUCCCCAGUAUCCUCUGGGAAAUCCCUCCCACCACCAGAUGGGUGCAUUUUUUCCAAUACUUUGGGAAAGGUUUGGGGCAGGAGAAAUCGUUUGAGUACCUGGUGCUGGGAAGGGUUAUUAUCUGCUUUCCCUUAAGGAAUAAUUGCUGGUAGACCAUUUGGGAGAGCAAGGCAUUUGUUGAGGGAGGGAGGACGAAAAGGGGAAAAAACACCCCAAAACUAAAACCUAGAACAAGACACAUGGAAGUGUGUGUGUGUGUAUAUACACACAUAUGGUAGUGGAAGGAAAGGGAGACUCUUCAUAACAGAUCUAAAAGGCAGUAUUUUGCUGGAAACACCAAGCACAGUCUCACAGUGCUUCAUUAGCCAUUAGCUCGUUAGUCUUCAAUCCCCAAAGUCUCCACAUUUUAGGGCAAUUCCUAAGUAAAGCCCCAGGUUUCUGUGCAGCCAAGUGGUUUAACUCCAUCUCGGGAGGGAGGUGGAAAACAGAAUGUAUUGAUUAAAUCCAUAUUAUUAUUAUUAAUAGUAGUAGUAUUUUUGUCCUUCACUUUGGUACAUUGCAGAUUGAACUGACACCUGUUAAGGGUUUUAAUCUCGUAAUUAUUUUUUUUAUAAUUAUUUUUUAUAAAAUAAGAGGAAAAGAACCAAAAAUCAGUUCAGAAAUUUCACGUUGUCAGCGUUCCCUCAAAUCCGAAUGCUUUUACGACUGUUUCAAGUUUGCUUUUUUUUUGUGUUUUAAAGGAAAAAAAGAAAAAUUCAAAAAGAUAACGCUGUUAAGGGCCUCAUUUCAAGUGGUACUAAAUGUUUGUGGAGUAGUGUGUGUGUGUGUGUGUGUGUGUGUGUGUGUGUGUGUGUGUGUGUGUGGCUGUACUAAGGUGUCUGGUGACAGAGAUGCCCUCGUGCUGGUUGGGUCAGGGCGAUGCUCCAGGAGGUGAAGAAGCAGCUGCAGAAAGAAGCCUUGGCUUUGACUUGUUGACUUGGAGAUGUGUUGACGGUGCUGUGGGGUUCCCCAGGUGGCAUCUGAGGGUCCCUCCAUGUCCCUCUGCCACCAGGAGCUCCACGGAGGUGUCUCUUGAACCCACCAGCCCCAUCUCCCUCCCAUAGUUUGACCUUUGCCUGACGCCGCUUUCCGUUAAGCCUUAAGGAAAUGAUACCUUUGUCAGAUUUCUUAUUGUUGUUGUUGUCGUUGGUUUUCUCAGAGUCUGCAAAAAUACUGUUUUUUAAGGAGAGUAGCUGAACUGGGAGAAAAAGGAAGUUUUCUCACCCGAGGGAAGAAAGGGAAACUGGUGGAUCUCUCUAUACUGUGACCCAUCCUUCGCGCCGCCCGGCCCCGUCGCUCGCCGGAACCCGGGCUCUUUCUUGGCAUUUUUACCCAGAUCUCAGCUUUUUCUUAUUUUUUUUCUUUCUUUUCCUCUCUGCCGGUGGUUGAACAUUGUCUCCUCCCUUCCCCCUGCUUUAGGAACCCUCUGCCUGAAGGAGGAGCAGGGUUUAAUGCUUCAAUCCACGUGGGGAAAGGAAAAGCUGCUCUUGAGUUCCGUGCUCGCUUUGCUAGUGCCAUCCUCUUCCUCUUCCACUCACCUAGAACCCUUACUUAACACAUUUGAAAUAGAGGCAAAGAAAACGUUGGGGACCCAGCUUGCUUUUUUUUUUUUUAAUUAUUUCUCCUUUUUUUUGAAUUUUUUUUAUUUUUUUCCUGAUUUGGAUCUACCUCACGUCAACAGUUGGGUGCUAUUUGACUCAAAUUGUGGAUGAGAUUUGGCAAAAAGCGACCAAACGGCGCGAGUGCCGCGCUCCGCCAACCAAAACCUCGGGGUUUAGUGUUUGGGGACAACAAAUAUUGUAUUUUGAGUUUUAUACUUUGUGCCUUUGUGGUUUUUGUUGGGUUUUUCUGUUUGUUCCCCCCCCUGCUCAGUGCGUAGCAAUCAAAAGUCACGGUCUUAAUUAAAAAGAGCAACUGAAUUUUAACCACAAAGUUUUAGGGAGAAAAAAAACCCCACCAAAUGUAGUUUUAGCAAAUUUUAAAAUGUUUUUCUGUAUCAAGUCAGAAAAUCAGUAUCACAACAGAACUAGGCAAAGAGAAAUAGCCAAUAAAGAGGCUUUUUUGGGAAUAUAUAAUCCUGACCCUUGGUAUCUACAUCUCGGUGUGUAUCGAUCUGUGUCUGCACGGACACACACGGGCAGGAGGAGGGGGGUUUGGGGGGGUGUGUGCAUGUGUAUAUACAUAUUUUUAUAUAUAUGCAUGUGUAUAUUUAUAUAUAUGCAUGUAUAUAUAUAUUUAUAUAUAUAUAAAAUGAAGGGAUGGAUGCGCGAGGGGAAGGGAAUAAAACAUCGACUUUUCCACUGUUUUCUACAGAACAGUUUACAACUUUGUGUAAGUUUUUCUACUACGUGAGCCUUUUUUACUUCAAAAUGAUUCCUUUUCUGGAAGCUUUUUCAGUUGUGAUGCUCUAUCUUGUUUUGAAAUUUAAAAAAAAGAACAAAACCAAAAAAACAAAUGGGAAAAAAAAAAAUCGACUUUUUACCGAUACCUAAAUACAGAGGGGGAAUCUUUUUUUUUUUUCUGUAGAAUUUGUAUUUAGUUUAAAGAAAAAAAAACUAAUAACCUAUCUAUGGAGUUGUAAAAGCGCUGACAUUCCAUCGUGGCAGGAUUUCAAAGCUCUUUUCUAAAGGCUUUCUGCUGCAGAGAGACUCGAACACGAGGAAAAUGCCUCUGUUAAAUGUGUUUUUGUUUGGUUUUUUUUAUUAUUAUUUUAAUAAAACUGCUCCAUCAGGUCUAUACUUAAGCUAUAUUUUCUAAAGCCUAAUCAUCCUUUAAUAUGCUGCGUAUGAAUUAUCAGCAUGGUUGCACUUUCUCAGUAAUAAUGUAUGCCCUGCUAAUUGGCUCCCGGGAAGGACUCGUUAGGUUUUUUUUUUAACGAAACAAAUAGUACUUUGGGCAGAAGGUAAUAUUUAUAGAGGUACCUCAAGACAAAAAAAUUAAAAAAAAAUUAAAAAAAAAAAUAAAGAGCCUGAAUAUGCUGCAUUUUGUUCCUUUAACAUUUUUCAUGUAGCAUUUGUUUGCUUUUAGUUGGAUUUUUUGGGGGGGGGGGGGGAGAAUUACUAGCUACCUGGUUUGCUUUUUUUGGGGGGGGACCCCAGUAGUGUCUUGGACUCUGUUUUUUCUUGCUCUCUCUUGUAGAAUGUCGUACCCGGCCUUGGUUUCAUGCAGUUGGUUUGUUUUUUGGGGUGGGGGGAAUUGCCCGGCACCGUGUAUGUGAAGGGGAGGGGGGGACCAUAAGGAAAAUAACGCUUUACGUCGACUUGAGGAAAAGGCUACUUAUAUUUCUAAAACAGACAAUACAUGUUCUUUAUUCUUAAUUAGUCUUAUUUUUCCCUCGUGCUGCUUUCUUGACUCUUAAUUAGGAGGGGACGGACGGACGGACGGGUCAUUAAUGGAGGAACAACCAAAGCCACCCAACUGACCCAGUUGGUCGAUGUUUUUUGGGGGUGAUGGAGAAGUGGUGGGACGUGGGCUCAGUGUCCCCAACCCCCCCAAUGUCCCCAACCUGCCCCAAAUCAGAGCAGGAUCCCUCCCUCUCUCCAACCCCUCCUCUACUUCUUCCUUUCCGAGUCCGUAAAAACACCAAAAAAACAUAAUUAAAUCUAAAAAUCUGCAGAGAUGGGGAAUUUCUUUGUUGGGAACUGUUGAAGGAAGCUUCAAAGGCUGUGAAAAAAAAAAACCCGAGCAUUUAUUGUCAUGUUUUUAAGCUUAGGUGGGUCCUUUCCCGAGUUUGUUUUACAGCUUGUUAAGGUAAAAUAGUUUGCACUACUUUUGCAAUAAACUCAUGAAAAACCCUAACAGUUUCUGUUUUGGUUUCUUACUGUAUAGAUCUAUACGACUAAUACUAAAGAAUUUUAGCAUAGUGUUUUUCACCUCAGAACAUAAAGACUUGUAACAAAGCUCAGAAUGCUGUAAUUCCUGACAAAAUAAUGAUGUGAAUGAUAUUUUAUAAAAAGUUAUUUUGUAUGGUGUCAAUUUUUGUUUUUGCCUCAUAGUAUGUCAAUAAAAUAAAAUUCCUCAUCUUUACAA